UCAAAGUACCUAUACCUACAUUCAUACCGGUCUCAUAAAUCGAUUUUGAUCAAUAAGUAGGGGUGCUUCAUAUCAUUCAUAGUUCCCUGGCUCACUACAUCUGUUUGAACAAAAUGGCGCCGCCGCGAUUGAAGUUGGCAAAGAAAAAGCAGAAUGCGGCGAAACUCGUUGACACAGAUGACUAUCUUCAGUCAGGUGACAGCCAUGAGGAAGCCAUGAGAAAACAUCGGGUGGGCGAUCCCGCCAAAGCCUUACGAUUUGCCGACAGGGCCCUCGAUGUUUACUCCCAGGGACUAGCCAAGUUCCCUCGCAGCUUCGACCUAGCCUAUAACAAGGCACGGCUCGAACUCGAGAAGGCCACUGAUCCUGUGCUUUCCGAGGCACUUGAGAUGCCCAUUAUAGAUGCGCUGCGACAAGCUCUUAGUUCUCACAACUACGCCCGGGACCUGGAGCCAACACAUCCAGACACCCUGUUCAACAUGGCCCAGGUGCUAACCAGCAUGGCCGAAAGAAUUGCCGAAGACGACGAAUCUGAUGACUCAGAAGCAAUUCAGAACUUGGAAAAGGCGCUUGAGAUUCAGAGCCAUUGCUUCCAAUUACAGCUAGCUGCUUUUGAGAAGAGCCGGCUAGAGCUCGAGCAAGCAAUGCGUGAGACCGCACAACAGGAAAUGUCGCCAAUUGGAGGAGUAGAGGCAACUAGCUCGAACACUACUACGGAACCUCAGAAUGUUAACCAGGAGGAACAAUGGGUCAGCAUAGAAGAGCCAAUCACCGCAGUUACACUCCUUGAAACGAUCAUUGCUCAGAUAGAGGCCCUGAGUGCGCUUUGCAGCAUCUUGAGCUCUGAUCAGACCGUCUCUUCCAUGUCUGCCUUAUCGUGGAUCGAUUCAUACUCGACGAACCUACUUACGCAAACACUGCCAACCCUUCUCAGCGAAAACCAAGAGGCGCUAGAACCACGUUUACCCGACGUAUUACUUCCAAGGGCUGUGUUCAUGAGUAACUAUCUUGAACUGUCGUUCAGAGUAUCCGCAAUCGACGUAGAGAAAUAUAGACAGGAGCUCGACGCUGCAUUCAUCCAACCCGGUCUUGAUGGCGCCUCUGAAAAUGUCCUCUUGGCUAUUGCUAAUGCUCUUCUAUCGCUGAAUAGCGCACUCGCUGAUUCAAAUUCCGAGGCCGAAUCCCAUGCAGCAUUCAGAUGGAAGAUAUUAAUCGAUGCGCAAUCUCGCCUCUCAUCCGUCGCUAGUAUACCACACAUCGAUAAGCAUACACUUGCUACAACACACUUGUUGAGGGGUGAUAUCUCCUUGUUCCUACAAAUCCUAGCGUAUCCUCCGGUUGCACACUCACAAGCGCAAACAACAACGCCGCAGCUUCUGAAACAUGCAGAAGUCUACUACCGCAACGCAAGCAAGCUGCUUGGCUCGUUCGGCUCUUCCACGGAGGAAGAGAGGAUCGCCUGUGAAUUGAAAGGUGCCGUGGUGAAUGUCUUGCAACAAGUCACUACGGAUCAAGCCGCUGCUGGUAGUAGUUCUGGCCAAAGUAGCAGCGGCACGAUUAUCAAUAUGACGGCGUCUCCACAUCAGAUCGAGUCGGCGCUGGAGUCCAUCCUAAGAGUCCGAGGGGAAGAAUGGGUUAGAGACCACAUCGAAGACAUGGUUAGCGACGGCCUUGUAUUACCUCAAGUUUUCUCGGCCAUAAUAUAGAGCUCGAGUUCAGCCUCUCGCUGUAGAGCGCAAAGCCAUCAUUGAAAGCAGUAAAAUGUCGUUCGCGCCUUAUUAGACAAGAUCGUAGACCGUGCGCUUGUGUAGAUGCAGGAGACAGGGGCGAUUGAUUUAAUAAGGAAUACAUGCCCUUUCUACCUCAUGCGUUGCACCUACUACACAUAGCUAAAACUUGCCUAGGUGCCUUGAAGGUGUGAGGAAAAUCUCGUUGUCGAGGGUACUGCCUGAUCAACGCUGUCAUCUAGAGUGGACAAGCUCAAUCCUUAACCUUAGUGUGGUCCCCG